AUGAAUGUAUUCCGCAAGACCCCUUCCAAGCGCUCGUCACCCAGUAAAGGGGUGAGCGAAACGGGAGCGACGCAAGAGAAGGCAUCGAAAGUGUUAUUCGCUGAAGAUUCCAUGACAAGUGACCCCGCUGCUAAAGGAUCCGAUGAUAGCGAAACCGACAAUGGAGAAAAACGAGACAAGGCGUACUACAAGAAGCUGCUCGUGCAAGAAAAGGAAGGAAAACGUAAACUCUUUCACGCAUUGGUUAAACUUGUCGGAGAGCUGAAGAUCUAUAAGGGAGCACAAAGUCCCAACCAGACUAGUAAUCAGGCAUGGUAUGAAGGAGGGCUUUGGAGAGCUCCUCGUGUGCUUCCCAAUAUCGAGACACAACAACAGAAUCAGGAUGAUCGGACUCGCGUACGACAAGCGGUCAGUUUGAGCGAUUUAUUCUUCAACUUGGUGAUUGUCACUGCUUUUACGCGUGUUGGAUUGGUAAUUACUAGGUCCGGGGCGGUGACUACCGAUUCCUUUUUAUACUUUGCGGUAUUCUGGACCAUUUGGAGCAAAGAAGCGAGUUAUACCACCCGAUUCGACACAACCGAUCUGAGUGCUAAAGCAGGGACUCUUGUCACUUGCUUUGCAGUACUGUUUGCGAGUCUCUCUGUCAGCGCGCCCAUGGACUCAGAAGGGGGAUCGAGAAUCAUGAUUGCUGGCGCAUUUUGUUCCUUGCUGCAUUUUGGUCUGAUGGCUAGAGUAUUCUUUUGGCAUAGUCACCAAGCGUCGGAUGAUACUGUCGGCAGUCAUGUGCAACAGUAUGCACUCUUCAAUUCGGCAAUGAAUUUUAUGGAAUCGAUAACAUGGAUAUUGGGAACGCUGUUCUGUCCCAAUGGAUACCGGUGGAUUGUGUAUACAAUUGGUGUUCUCCUCGGCCUACGGAUUCCAAGAGCUUUCAUGGCGAAUGAUUUUCAUGCUGCUUGUACCAAGCGAGGAGUCCUAUUCAUCCUGCUACUGGGGUUCAUGAUGCAGUCAGUUGUAGUGGCAGCAACUGACUUUUUUGAGUACACGAUUCCGAACGAUGAACAGUAUGCCUUCAUAGGAGCAGCUUGUCUGCUGCUAUUUUGCAUUAAGCUUUUGUAUGUGGAUGAUGCUUCAACUUUGGCAGCUGAUCACGCAUUGCUUGUCAAUCGAACUGCAGCUCUGUUCUUCAACUUGGGACAAUUCGCACUCUUGUUCAGCACAACUAUUAUGGGAAGCGGGCUGAACUUGUUGACUCACUCUUACCUGGCCUCGGCAGCUGCACUGCCGGGUAAGGCCAAGUCGUUGGUAUGUGGUGGCUUUUCUGCAGUGCUGAUCUGUACGGUCUUCAUCAAGUCCAUGCACUUGAAGCGUGUUCCAGUAGCGGGGCAACAAAAAGCUCUGUUCAUUGGUGCCUACAUUAUUCAAACGGUGGCAACAAUUGCAAUCUCAAUGAUUACAUUCCUCAUGUCCAUGGGAGAGGGUGGCUACUUCCAAGUGUUAAUGCAAAAUGACGUGGAACUAAUGUGGGUGUUGACGGGCUUUGCUCUCUUCUUGGUGAUCCUCAGUUGGCUUGACGAAGGCCUGGUAUUGGCAUUGCAAGAUGACGGCGCGGAAAGUGAAUAUUUGGUCCAUCCAUUCGGCUUCUGGUGGUGCUUGAAGCCAGAGGUUGAUAUGGAUACAAUUCUGGCGGAAGAGCGCGCUCAAGAGAACCGAUACGGUCGCUUGUCGGUCCUGUCGCCGCUCUUGGGGGAAUCAGUUGCCAAAAAUAUGCAAAAUUCAAUGCGAGGAUACGACUCGACGGAAAAUGUGACAUCCACUGAUGUGUAG